AUGGGUCUUGACUUUGGUCAGGCGAUUGGCACAGCUUGUGCGACAUUCGCCAUCACCAACGUUGACGACAUUUUUGUUCUCGUCGCGUUCUUCGCCGAGGCUAUGACUAGUCGAUCGCUCACGCCUGUCAAGAUCGCUAUCGGACAAUAUGUCGGGUUUACAGUCAUUGUCGCCGUGAGCAUGAUUGGCUUUGGCGCGUCGCUACUCAUUCCUGCCGAACCAAUUGGAUUUCUCGGUCUGUUGCCAAUAUUGCUGGGUAUGUGGUGGAUUCUGAGUUAUAUCUUUAGCAAGGGUGAGGAUGAGGAGGAGUCUCUGGAUCAAGAGUUGACAACUACCGAUGGGUUCAAGAGUGUCUUCAAGGUCGCUUCCAUCACUGUCAUGAAUGGCGCCGACAAUAUCAGCACGUAUAUUCCUCUCUUUGCAGAAGCGAAAGCUGGAGAGCUGGCGAUAUAUAUAGUCGUUUACUACAUCAUGCUUGGCGUAUGGUGUUUCGCUGCGUAUCUCAUCAUGCGGCAAAAGCAUAUUCUACACAUUGCUCAGAAAUAUGCCCGCAGGUUGGUGCCGUUCCUCUAUGUUGGUCUCGGAAUCUUCAUCAUUGUCAACUCGGAGUGUUAUCCCUGGGCUAUUGAGGAGAUUGACGAUGACAUUGCUUCACAUCCCGGCAAGAUUGUCAUGGGAGUAACGACGGCUGGUCUUUUGGCGAUCUGCAUUAGCGCUAUGCUUUGGAGGAAGUUGGGCCAGAGGUCGGAGGAAGUUCUAGUAGAUGAUGCAUCGUCUGCUGUCGAUGGUCAACGAGGAUCACAGGAAGGAGGACGAGACACGGAACAAGAGGUUGGAGAGCAAUCUGAAGUCAUCAGAGACGCAGGCUACAACGAUGGUUCUACGAACAAGGCCGGAGCGCAAGUCAAUAAUGUCCCCGUUGACGUUCCCAGGGAGGGAGGCUCGGCGGUAUAA